UGCAAUUCGUUUUCGCAUGAAAUUGUCAGCGAAAUCGUGCUGACAUGUGCUGAAUUUCACUGAUCCGUUUUCGUUUUCGAACAUCAAAUCGCAACGAUUUGACAUGUGCCAGAAAUCGAAACCGCCAUUUGUUUUCUAUUUUGAAAUCGUGAAGCUGCGCGCACGCGAAUUUAUUGAAAAAUUGAAGGAAACAUUAGAAAUGGGCAAGCAUAAAACGCCAAGGCAAGACGAAACUUUUUUAAGUUUUAUGGAGCAGCAUCCUGACAUUGCCAAAAAUUAUGUCAAGGGCGACCGAGUGGCAGCGGAGGCUCUUUGGGCAGAACUGGCCAAAGAAUUAAACAGCCAAGGACCACCACAAAAAGAUAUCAACGGAUGGAGAAAGGUUUGGUCGGACUGGAAGGGCUGCGUACGCAAAAAAAUUGCACACAACAAAUCGGAGACAAGAGCUACCGGCGGAGGUCCCUUCAACCAAUUUGUCUUAAGCUGCACUGAGGAAAAAAUUUCAGAACUUUGCGGUCUUUAUACUUGUGUAGAAGGUAGUCCACAAAGUUCCUCAUUCGGUGUACAAUGCGACAAUAGCAAUGAAUCAUCUGAUGACGAAAAUCACACACCGAGUACUUCAGCGGUUGCAACAAGAACGCGAAGACCAAAUUCAAUGCAAGCAUGUAUCAAAGAACACAUGGCCACGGAAGCAGGUGCGGUUGAUUGUAUAUCUGGAACGUUAGGGAAGCUCCUGGAAAGUUUUGAUGACACCAAAAAUAUUUUGAAAGGUAGCAAUGGUGCAGUGAUAAAAUCGAUUCAAAAGUUAUGCGAUCUCAUUUCAAUACAGAACUCUCUUACCGCAGAACAAAAUGAAAUUUUGCGUCAGCAUAAUUCCAUAAAGGAGAGAAUUGGGAAAGAAAAAAGUGAUAUGAAGAAACGCAUGUUGGAGAUAGAGGAAGAAAAGUGGGAGUGGACGAAACGUGCAAGAUAA